ACGACUGAGUUGGCAGUAAGCAACACUUCUCGUUACCAGCACGAAAACGAUUUGUGUAUAAGUUCGAAAAAUCUGAGCUAUGUCGAGCCCAACAAACGGGCUGCCGCCUCCGGUGGACACAGAGUCGAGGCCAUUACACAAGAGUUCCUUCAAGCUAAGAUUCGCGCAGUGCCGAGAACUCGGUCGUUCUGAUGUGUCGCUAGUCAAGCCGCUUGGAUUACCAUCGACGGUGACGGACAAGUUCUACAACGUGCGGCGGGAGGAGGGCGCGGCGCUGGAGGAGGCGGCGCUGCGGACCAUUCAGGACAUGUUCCGGCGAGGGCCGCGCGACUGGCAUCCGGCCCCUCGCACCUCCGCGCAAGAGUACGGCUGGCACUGGGCGGCGGCGGCGCAGCCGGACCGGCGCGACCGGCGGCUGCAGCACCACAUCGUGGACUCAGCCUGGCUCAAGGCCCGCGUACGAGUGCUGCACGCUGACGCACUGCUCAAACGGCGAUAGUACAUAAUGUGCAUCUAUCAUCUCAACUGAUCCCUCCUGAACCAUUUCAAGCUUCACUUCUAUUAGGAAUCCGAGAGUAUAACUGUCUUGAAAACUACAAUUUGAGCACUUCCAGUCAAGUUUCUUAU